ACAUCACGGCAGCAGCAGCAGCACCAGCAGCAUCCUCAGCUCAGCCUCAGCAGCAGCAUCCACCCUUUUGUAGUUUAGCGCGACUCUUUAGCUGGAUAGUGGCGUAGUCCUGUCCAGCGGCGUUGCUGAGAGCCGGACAGAGUGUCCAAGGUGAUGCCACUGCAGCACCCGCAUCUCGCCACCGCGCCAGCACACCAAGCCUAAAGCCGCUUCCUCUGCGAGGAGGGACAAUAACCGUUCACCCGGAGACAUCAGCCGCACAGGAAGAUGUCUAACGCCGACAUGGUCCUCAACGCCACCGAUCGGGUAGUGAAAUCCGUGCCCUUCCCUCUGAGCCACCGCCUCACCAUGAAGGAGGUGUUCGACUGUGAGGGUAAGCCCCGGGUGGACCUUCUCAAAGCCCACCUAACCAAAGAGGGCCGAGUUGAAGAAGCCGUGGCCCUGCGCGUCAUCAAUGAGGGCGCCGCUAUCUUACGCCAGGAGAAGACCAUGCUGGACAUCGAGGCACCUGUCACAGUGUGUGGGGACAUCCAUGGGCAGUUCUUUGACCUGAUGAAGCUAUUUGAAGUAGGGGGCUCGCCUGCUACAACGCGAUACCUCUUCCUUGGAGACUACGUGGACCGGGGUUAUUUCAGUAUCGAGUGUGUUUUGUACCUUUGGUCGCUGAAAAUCCUCUACCCAAAGACACUAUUUUUACUGAGAGGAAAUCAUGAAUGUAGACAUUUGACAGAAUAUUUCACCUUCAAACAAGAAUGUAAAAUCAAGUAUUCAGAGCAGGUGUAUGACUCCUGUAUGGAUGCAUUUGACUGCCUUCCCCUGGCUGCUCUCAUGAACCAGCAGUUCCUGUGUGUUCACGGUGGCCUGUCCCCAGAAAUACACACUUUAGAUGACAUAAAGAAGUUGGAUCGGUUUAAGGAGCCCCCAGCAUUCGGACCCAUGUGCGAUCUCCUGUGGUCAGACCCCCUGGAGGACUUUGGCAACGAGAAGAGCCAGGAGUACUUCAGCCAUAACACAGUCAGAGGCUGUUCCUACUUCUACAGUUAUCCAGCGGUAUGUGAGUUCCUACAGAAUAAUAAUUUGCUAUCAGUCAUCCGAGCACAUGAAGCACAAGAUGCAGGAUACCGGAUGUACAGGAAGAGUCAGACCACUGGCUUCCCGUCACUAAUCACCAUCUUUUCUGCACCAAACUACCUUGAUGUUUACAACAACAAAGCGGCUGUCCUGAAGUAUGAGAACAACGUGAUGAACAUUCGACAGUUUAACUGCUCCCCCCACCCCUACUGGCUGCCAAACUUCAUGGACGUCUUCACCUGGUCUCUGCCCUUCGUGGGAGAGAAAGUCACAGAGAUGCUGGUGAACGUGUUGAGCAUCUGCUCCGAUGAUGAACUAAUGAACGAUGGAGAUGAGAUCUUUGAUGCCAACGCAGCAGCUGCGCGGAAAGAGGUGAUUAAGAACAAGAUUCGUGCCAUCGGCAAGAUGGCCAAGAUGUUCUCUGUGCUCAGAGAGGAGAGCGAGAACGUGCUGACGCUGAAGGGGCUGACCCCGACUGGCAUGCUGCCCAGUGGUGUGUUGUCCGGGGGCAAGCAAACACUGCAGAGCGCCACCAUUGAAGCCAUCGAAGCCAUCGAGACAGAAGCAAAGGACGGAGAAGCCAUCCGCGGCUUUUCUCCACAGCACAAGAUCAGCAGCUUCGAGGAGGCUAAAGGUCUAGACCGUAUCAACGAGCGCAUGCCUCCCCGUAAAGACGGCGUUAACCACGUUGGUCACUCCAUGGGCAAAAUGAACAUGUCCGAGGCCAAUGGUACUGACGACAACAGCAACAUUCAGUGAUGCAUCAGCCCCCUGCAGUGUCCGCAUGCCCAAACCUGUGCCACUGUUGGCAGGAUAUCGCCAAAACCUGAAAAUUUAAAGCCUCCUGAUACCAACCAAACCCAAACGACAUAACUAUACGUAUGCAUCCACUACUGCUAUGUCAAAUUAGGGAAGCAAACUAUCCAAUUUCAAAUCUGUCAUGGAUGUGGGUGGAAGGCGGUCGCUCUUUUCCGCUGCCAGUUUACCAUAUGCGGGUUUCUUGCUGUUUCGGGCGAGUUCUGCCGCUUUUUGGGUGUGACGAACAGGCUAGGGGGUGGGAUUUGCUCGGGAGGGGGGAGUAAUGUCAGUCAAGGGCUGAAAGUGUCUUUAUCAAUUCCUUUCUGACUCCACCCAUUCACCAAGUGGGCGGGGACUAGGGAUUUAGAACUCUCUCUUUAGCCUGAUCCAUCGCAGCUCAUCGGUGAAGGUGACCAGUCAGUACCAAUGCCACGCACACAUUUGAAUAUUUUGAUUGAUGAGUUUUCUUCAUGAGCCCAUCUUGUAAUGAAAUGAUCGCACUGUUUGACAUGUUUUGCUACUAGUAUUAAUGAAUAUGAAAUUUGAAAUGACUCAAAAAUGAAACAUUUCUAAGAAAGGACAUUUAAAGAGAAAAAUAUGUACAUUUUAUUACUUGCAAUGCAAUCUUACCUGAGUAUUUUUUAUUUAUUUGUUUGUUUGUUUGUUUGUUUUUUCUUUGGUAAGAUGCCAUAAAGCUGCGUGGAUGUAAGGUGUAGAGAGCUUGCGUAUGUUGGCUAUGGACUCCCGCUGUCUUUUGUGUGGAGUGAGCAAUUGACGAUGAGGGAGAGGGGGGAAGAGGGGGGGGGGGGGGGUUAUGCAGUUGAAGUUUGACCUUUGGCACCACCUACCUGAUUGUUUCUCACCUGCCUGUAACUCGAGAGAGAAUGCACAUAGUAUGUUUCUCAAGUCGAAUGAACCUAUAUAUAAGUAUAAAUAUAUACAUAUAUAAAUAUAUUAUUAAUAAUAAAUGAUGGACAAUAUUGAGGACAAUUUUUAACAGCAUCUGUGGUAUGGAACGCAUCAAUGCAUGCAAUUAAGUUCCUUAUUGAUAUGUGAAAUUAUAAUUGUGAUGUGUUUCAAUAUAGUAGAUUUGAAUUAUUUCCCUCUUCAGAUUAUAUUUGUAAAGUUCAACUUUGUUUUUUUUUAUAUCUAUAUACAGUAUAUAUAUGAUUUUUUUGUAAUCUUUUCUUCUGUCUUUAAUUUAUUUUAUUUUUUUAUGUUAUUUUGUUGGUUGAUUUUUUUUUUGCAUUGUUUUUGCUGUACAGGCACCGAUGCUCUUUUUGAGGUGUUAAGCCAUUGUGGGUUUUUUUUGUUUGUUUGUUUGUUUGUUUGUUUUGUUUGUUUGUUUUUGUUUUGUUUAGUUGGUGUAAAGAAUGUGUUCAAUAGUGUGAAUGAACAUAUUACUCAGUGAAAAGCAACAUUCAGGCUGCCAAAGCAUGAUCGCAUGGUUUAUUCACAUGUAAACAAAUUGGACACGCUGAAAAUCCUGUGUCUCACUUUGAAGGAAAACUAUAUUCUCAUUAUAAUUCUUGAUGAUAUCCUUAUACUUCUUAUUCUUACAAUUAAGCUUACAGUUCUUUUCUCCACUGUUUUCUGAUCCUUGUUUGGUCCAGAUGUGGUUUAUUUCAGAGAAGGAGUUUAAUGGAUUUUAACUUGUGACUAUUUUUUCUUGCAAUUUUCUCUUGAACUAAGUUUUGGCAUUUGACUUCCUAAAUGAUAACACACAUUGUAAGCAUGCCCUAUGGGACAAAUCACUUUUUUUACUCUUGAAUAAAAUAUGCAUGAACUACUGUGUCUGUUGCUAUUCUAUCCCUGUGACGUGUGUUUUCCUAAGCAUGGAUAAAAUAUUUUGCCCCAAGAGACUAUGGGUCAAAUGUAAAUAUGCAUAAAUUUAGAGGAAAUCCUACUGCACUCCCACAAUCGUGUAGCUGUUUCCAGUGGUGGCUCGUCCAUUGGGACAGGUGGGGCAGGACCCAACCAUAUACUAUAUUGUGUAUAUCAGUCAUUCAACAAAUGUUAAUCUUCAUGUGCUGUUGAAACACUAAUUACCUCUUUUGAGUGACUAACAAAAUUUUGCUAUUAGACAGAUAUAAGCCAAUUUGCUCACCUUUCUAGAUGUUGUGCAAUAGUGGGGCCAUAGAGUUAUUACAAUAACUAGUGCUCAAAAAUAGGAACUUCAACAAGCACUAAUAAGGGCCCAUUUGGACAGGAAUCACGCUGCCCCAUGCUUGUUGUAUGAAUGUUUUGUUUAUGAGAGCCAGGAGUCAGGACAGUUAAUAAUAAUAACAAUAAUGCUUCAGUGUUUAUCUCACACACUGUGACAAUGGUAACAGGAACAACACCUGCUUUACACUGUUAUCUAUCAAUUUCCAUAACUAGCUAGGUUGUUAAUGUAAUGUGUCUUUGGAGUGCAAUUAUCAGCAACCAGAAUCCAUCGUACCUGAAGCUAUGAUUGAAGAAUUCGCACAUCUGAAAGAUAAAUGAGCCAAAUUUCUUUAGAAAUGAGGCAAAAUAAACCUCAUAAAGUGAGGUGUCAGAAGUAUGUCAGUGAUGUUCCGUUUGAUCAACUAAGGGGAUCAACUGUUUGCUGGCUUUUAGACCAGACUUCAUCUUUCUGUUCUCAGUUGAAAACUGGUGUACAGUUAGUUUGUUCAAGUUCAUUCAAGUCCCUUUGACUCUCAACUGUCUGUUAUGGAGUUGAUCUAAAAAUUAACUAGCCUAUAGCAGAAGUCUUAUAGCCUUUUGACUUAAAUUUGUUCGAGGAUGUUAAUCAUUAUAAUUUUGUCCUGCUCCACCAAAAACUAUAGUCAUGAGCCAUUCCUGACUGUUUCACUCUUUUGCAGAGAAACCACUCCCUCUUAUCCAGGCUGAAGCACAAACACAAGGCCAGAGAGUUGCUUUUCCAUGAGAACACUACAUCUGCUUCCUCCUAUUCUUUCACAGGAAGCUAUGGGUCACUGUCAGCGCCACAGCAGUCUCUCCCUGAAACCAGGAGUAGGCACGAAUACACUCACACACGCAGUCAAUCACCAGGAUACAACCACACUUUACACCAUCUUGUUCCUCCCAUCAGGAGUUGCACAUUGCUGUGGACUCACUCACAUGUGCACACUUUAAAACUUGACUGCACUGUCUCUUUUAAUACACAUCUAUGCCUGGUGAGCUUUAAUAGUCAGCAUUUUUCUAGGAACACACCUAAAACUCUGUGGAUAAAGCUAUGGCUCUACUCUUAUAUCGUUUUGUUGUCCUCUGUAUGUCUGUAUCGCUUGUUGCAGUGACUGACGAAAGUUCAGUAACUGAAAACCCAGUAAAUACAACUAGUAUGAAUGUAACACAACAAACAGGUGAUGGUGCUAAACCAACACAGACGCCAGACAACGGGCUCACAAUGUUAGCCUUUGGUGUGAUGAGCUUCAUUCUCAUUUUGAUCAUUGUUAUGGUGAUCUUGGUAACAGCUGUUAACUUCAGAGGACAGUGCGCUAAUACAAAGGAAGAGGGUGUCAAAAACUACGGCUCUGUGAUAUCAGAAGGUCAUAUAAGCAACAUGGGAGAGAAGGAAAGCAUCAUGCUUGUCUCCAUGAGGACAAUAAACACAGACAAUGACACAGAUUCACUGCGGAUCUCCUCCAUUUACAGUGCAGCACUGGACAACGAAGACCAAUAGCUCAGAAUCAGAGUAGGACUGAUUCAAUUCACUGAACAAAGCUGCCUUUUCAAGCUACUUUUCAGCAAUAACAGACCACAGUAUUAUUAAAAUGACACAGUUCUACAUUGCUGUACAGUUUGUCUCACAUUUGCAAUUUUUUUAUGCAAAAUUAAAUGAGCACAAAGAAUAAGCUAAUGAACGGUGAA